AUUUAAUACAGGAAACAAUAUUCCCAAACUCCUCAUGGAAUUAGCGUAUCAAAGUAAGAAGCUGUUCCUGAGUGACAUUCUCAGCGUAAAUGCAGAAACACUUCAAAAUCAAUCACCUGAUUCACCUCAGGAAAUACCAGGAUAUUUUCUCCGGAAUUUAAUGAUGGUUCAUUCCAGGGCAAGAAAUUUUAAUUAUGAACUAACUAAGACACAAAAUCAGUCAGAAUCAGAAAACUUGGAUUUUCUAUCUCAGGAUGAACACAGUGAAGGUUUAUACCAUCCCCUGGAUAUCAUUGUGUCUAUUUUCCUGUGUGCUGACCCAUUCGUGCAGCAGGAGCUGAUGGUAAAGAUGUCCCUGUGCCAGUUUGCAUUGCCACUGUUACUGCCUGCUGGCAACAAGGGCUACACCUUCCUACUGUGGGCCCUGCGCUCCAUUGUGAAGAAGUGGUGCCCACUCUCACUCCGAGACAGUGCAGGCUUUAAGGAAACAAAUAUGGUGACUGCCGACAUUCCCAUCUUUUCCUUCAUUCGACUCGGUUCCUGCUCCAUCUCCAAAUCAAUGAUUCUAAAUGAAGUCCUCAGCCCCUCCCAGCAACAUCACAACUUCUUCAUCCAUCACAAUAUGGAGGGCGGUGAUAUCCCUCGCAGGAUUUCUGAUGGUCUUGUCGAGUUGUGCUGGUACCUGCCCAGUGGGAGUGAGGAAUUGGAUCUUUUCCCAGAGCCAAUGACCAUAUUAAACCUUCGAGGUGACGGUCACGAGUUCCACACACAGGUUCAGUUUCUGACAACCAUCUCUUCAGCUGUUUUUAUUUGGAUUGAUAAUGUUGACAGUGGCUCAAGCAAGACCCUGAAGUCCCUCGCCCAGUCUCCAGCGAGUAAAUACAUAGUGCUCACUGGGAGCAGUGUGAGCAGUGAGACUAAAGGGCACUUAAAGGAAUUCAUUACAUCCUCAGUGUUUAAAAAGGAACAAAUAUUCUUUCAAGGAAAAAGAAACAAUGCAGAGUUUACUAAGACACUGCGAUCCACAUUGAAAAAGGCCUUGGAAAUAACCCAUCAAAAUAAUAUUCGGGACCCCAGCCAUUUGGAGACACUGGCAGUAACUGCAAGAGAGAUGGGAAUUUCAAUAGAUGAGGAUGACGAGCUGUGUUCACAGGGUAAAGAAAAAUCUGGUAACAUUUAUAACCCUAUUAAAGGAGAGACCAUUAGCCAAUACAAAUCAAAAAACAUGUCUUUUCAGGGUUUCACUUGGCAACAAGUUUCCAAAAUAGAAAAAGAACAAUGUCGCCUAAAACAGGGAAAGGAGAGUUCACCACAAAAAUAUUGGAAUGACCUUGAGGAAGAGAAGAGGAAACUCCUAAAGCAGCAGCGAGAGAAAGGUAUAUCGGCUGAUAUGAAAGGUUUUAUCACAGCCCUGACAGACAGGGAUGAGAGGACAUAUUUCCUGCAGUGGAUGAAAUUCCAGUUGGAUUCCAGAUCGAGAGACACUCUCUCUGUUUUACGUGAACAGUAUAAAGCUUUGUAUGAGAAAUCUCAGGGACAGUCAACGGAGCAGAAAGACCCUACAAUCAACAAACAGUUACAGGAAUUAGACCGACAGAUAACUGCCAGCUCCCUUGGACUUGAACACUUCAUGCGAGAAAUCGGACUGAUCUAUGAAACACUGAUAAAGCAGGAGAACCGUAAUGAGGAAGAGAGAGACACAGUGCAAAUAUUACCCCACUUUGCUGCUGAGCUGAUGUUGGACGGGUUCCCUCUGGAGCUCAUCGAUGGAGAUGUUUCCAACAUCCCUUUACAAUGGGUCGCUGAUGUACUGAAGGCAGUUGAAGCCAGGAUUGGCAGAGAGACCCAUGUGUUUGUGCUGACGGUGCUGGGUGUGCAGAGCACAGGC